GACUGUGUUAUCAAAAUUUCCAAGUUUCCAGAAGAGAAAGAUAUGAUUAUUGAAGCAGUACAUAAACGCUUUCCUUUCCUGUCUUAUACUAAUUCGAAUGCAUGGUACCGAGAUGUUUUUAAAUAUACUAACUCAGAAGCUAAAUGUCCGAUAUGCAAAGAAGUACAUACUCGUUUAGGAAUAUGGGGUGACUGGAGCUGUCUAGGUAAAGACAAUCACUAUUUUCUUAACUGUCCUUUUCGUAUUGAUCAAAAGAAAGUUAUAAUUGCUGUACAAAGUUUGCUGGAAACUCAGAUAGUAGUGCCAAACAAAAUCAGUAACUCACCAAUUCAUCCAAACAAAACUUGCCUUUAUCAAUAUGCUAUCAAACAUAAAAUAGAUCCUGAGAAAUUUUCAGUUAUUACAGAGGCUGAGAAAAAAAGGUGGAGCAUGGGAUGCUUCCGUGGUGAUUUGGAGAGAGAUAUACGAUUCUAUCGUGGAGGAAUAAAAAAGAAUGAAGAUACCAGAAAAUAUCAUAAAUUUUUAACAGAUCGGAAUAGGCUGAUUGGCGAAGAAUUAUUAUGUCGUGGUAUAAUAAAAAGUGGAUUAA